AUGCCUACUCUCAAGGUUUUAGACCUAUCAGCUAAUUUUAAUCUAAGAAAGUUACCAACGAGCUUUUUCGGGUUGGUUUCAUUGCAAUAUCUUGAUCUCUCGUGGACGGGCAUAAGGGAAUUGCCAAUUGAGUUUCAGUCAUUGGUAAAGUUGAAGUAUUUAUAUCUGAAUGGCAUGUAUGCACUUGAUAUAAUCCCACAGCAAGUCAUGUCAAGUCUUUUGAAUCUCCAAAGGUUGGAGAUGCGUGGUCAUGGUGGCAGUGGUGUUUCAUCAAAGGAAAAUAUUGAUGAAGGCAGCAGCGUCUUGUUUGGUGGUAAUGAAUUGGAAUGCUUGAAUCACCUUCAAUAUUUAAGUUUGACGGUGAAAACAGAGCUUGCUCUCCAAAAAUUAUUAAGUUUGCAAAAGUUUUUAAGUUUCGCGUUUGGUUUAUGCAUCAGUGGAUUCAAAGGCUCAAUUUCGCUGCCACUGUCUUCUUUACAGAAGAAGAUGAAGAGACUAGAACUUCUUGAAAUUGAAAGAUGUGAUGAUAUAGAGGAGUUGUCAAUGGAUGGGAUGAGGUGGGAGGAAAGAGAGAGACCUCACGAAAACAAUCAUCCGUGGGAUAUGAAGAGUAUAAUAGAUGGAAGCAGAAGCUUUCAAAACCUUUGGGAAGUUCGGAUUACAUAG